CCAGGUGACGCGAGGAGGGCUCGCUUUGGGGCCGUCCCGUCGGCCUCAGUCAGACGGAGGCCGGGCGCGCCUGCUCUUUCCCUUUCUCUUUUGCCGGCAGGCGAGCGGGCCGGGGGUAGCGCCAGGGCUCAAAGAUGUCUAACUCUAAAAAGAAGCAGAGGUUAGGAAUCGUCACCCCCUGAGGACCCUUGGAUUUUGAUCAAAUGCCUGGAGAAGUCCAGCUGCACAGGGCAGCUCACCGGCUCCUGUGAUCCUGCCACCUUCGCCUUCCAGAUUCACGGCUCAGGUCCAAACCAUUUUAUUGCCGCAGCCUGUGCCACGAAUGGCUACCCAGAGGAAGCACUUUGUGAAAGAUUUCAAUCCCCAUAUCACCUGUUGUAUCUGUAAAGGAUAUCUUAUCAAACCAACUACAGUAACUGAGUGCCUCCAUACUUUUUGUAAGAGUUGUAUUGUGCAGCACUUUGAAGAAAGCAAUGACUGUCCCAGAUGUGGAAAUCAAGUUCAUGAGACCAAUCCAUUAGAAAUGUUACGGCUGGAUAACACAUUAGAGGAAAUUAUAUUUAAGUUGGUCCCAGGACUUCGAGAACAGGAACUAUACCGUGAGACUGAAUUCUGGAAGAAAAACAAACCUCAAGAAAAUGGAGAUGAAGAAAAUCCAAAAUCUGAAGAUCCCAAAGAUGAUGAAGAUGGAGAUGAAAAUCAAGAUGAUAAAGACUAUCACAGGAGUGACCCACAGAUUGCUAUUUGUCUGGAUUGUUUACGUAACAAUGGGCAGUCCGGGGAUAAUGUAGUAAAAGGACUGAUGAAGAAAUUCAUCCGGUGUUCUACACGAGUUACUGUAGGGACUAUCAAGAAGUUUCUAAGUUUAAAAUUAAAGCUUCCAAGUUCUUAUGAGCUGGAUGUACUAUGCAAUGGGGAGAUCAUGGGGAAAGAUCACACUAUGGAAUUCAUCUAUAUGACAAGAUGGAGACUACGAGGCGAAAAUUUUCGGUGUCAGAACUGCUCAUCUUCGCAAGUCUGCUCACAGGAUGGCUCUUUUUAUCAGUCUUACCCCAUGGUACUCCAGUAUCGACCCAGAAUUGACUUCGGUUAGACCAAAGGGCCAGAUCCCACUGAGAUUAAACCUGCACUAUAUUUACCCAUCGACAGAUUGCACAAUGAAUGGACGUGCCUGGAUUUGGGGGUGGGGGAGUGGGAAAACAAGAUCAGAAUUCCAGCAUGCAGAUAUGGACAUUUUCUUCAGCUGAUCAACGAUCUUCCCCCCAUUAGCAUAAUCCAAGUGCCAUUCUCCUACUGAAACAUUCAUAAGAUGUUUGUGACAUCAGAGUUUGCGAGUCAUAGCCAAAUAGUUAAAUGUAUAGUCUGAAUCUCUGGAAUACUUGCUUUGCCUGUUAGAAACCUUCCUUGGUCCAUAACAUUGAUUACAUCAGCAGAGAUGGCCAUCGGCUCUUUCACAUGUGGUGUUGCUGUUUGUUUCCCCGCCCCCCCCCAUUAACUAUCUUACUGAAAAAUGUUGUUUGAAAGUACUGUAUAAAAAGGUUAAAUAUGCCUUUACAUUUUUUUGUAUAUAAUACAUGUUUUAGAAAUGUGGUUGUUGUGCCACUAAUGUUUUCUCAUUCAGUUCCCCAUAGGUCCAGGUAGCUAACUCGUUAGUACACAGCAGUCUCUUUGCAGAAUUUGAAAUUUUAGAUUUUGUGUCAGAAAAGUUAAAUGCAACAUGUUUGUAUUGAAUUGAAAUGGUAUAAUGUCUCAUAUCCUUUCAGCAGUGUAUAUAACUUAACCUAGAGUUUUAAAUUGCAGAAAUAGCAAAUCUGUAAACAUGCAGCAGGUAAGGGUAUUUUGUCUUUUUAAAAGUCUAUUACAUAAUAUUUUUUUAAAUAAAAGAAGAAAAGGAAGUGUCAUAAACUGUAAUAUAAAAAGUGUUAGGUAUUUUUUGAAACUGUUGCCGUUGCAGGCUUCCCUUUUCAGAUUUCCUUGAAGGCAACGAUGUGGGAAAGAGGUAGUUUUGAAAGGUCCACUGCACCUAAAUAUACGUCUGUAUUAUUUUAGUAUAUUCAGUAACACAUCAACAUGUUGUAAAAUGUUAAUGGCAUUUCAACCACAUUUUCGGGUUAUCUGGAAUCUAAAAGCUAUAGUAGAAUUGGUUGUAACACCUGAAGCAGAAGCAGAUUUAACAUGAGUGACAAAGCUACCUGACCAAAACUCACUGACUGUUCGAGGGAGGGGGGAGGUUUCCCCUGAGAAGUGGUAGGGUUACAAAAAUACUAAUGGCUGCCUUAGGUAUCGCAUGUGCAUUCUUCCUUGUUUAAAAAUGUUGUGUUUUGUUUAUGGAUAUCAUUACAAAGCUAGUAACAUAUUGUUAUUUUGUUUCCUGUCUUCCAUUACUUUUGCACAGUUAAAAGCCAAAACAAUACAGCUGAAUGAUCUGUACAAGUUUUAAUAAACAGUUAUUUGUAGAGUAAACGACACACUACAAGUAACUACAUUCACUU